AUUUUCUUGGUUCGAUCAGAUCAUUCAUAAAGCCAAUCCAGGCACCUGGUGAUCUGUCCUCGAUCUAUAUCCUUGAUCACCAUUCCGAGUGAAGGAGAUGAAUGGUGAGGUACGGUCAAGAGUAGUUGACCAAGAAGCUGGCUCAACUCCAUCUUCGUUGAGAGAUGGUGAUCACCCGUCGACACAAAGGCUCUUCCCAUGUCUCCCUUACGAAAUUGAUCUCAAUCCUCUACGCAUUGUAAUGGCGGAACUGGUGGGGACAUUCAUUCUAAUGUUCAGUGUGUGUGGGGUCAUAAGCAGUACUCAGUUACCUGGCGGUCAUGUCGGACUGCUAGAGUACGCAGCGACGGCAGGAUUAUCGGUGGUGGUCGUAGUUUACUCCAUCGGACACAUCUCCGGCGCCCAUCUAAACCCUUCCAUCACCAUUGCUUUCGCCGUCUUUGGCGGAUUUCCCUGGUCUCAGGUUCCGUUAUAUAUAACGGCGCAAACGCUGGGUGCAACGGCGGCAACGUUAGUUGGGGUGUCAGUCUACGGAGUAAACGCUGACCUAAUGGCAACAAAACCAGCGUUAAGCUGCGUUUCUGCGUUUUUCGUUGAACUCAUUGCUACGAGCAUCGUCGUCUUUCUCGCCUCCGCAAUGCAUUGUGGUCCUCAUCAAAAUUUGGGUAAUUUGACGGGGUUCGUGAUCGGAACAGUCAUUUCCCUUGGAGUGCUUAUUACCGGACCGAUUUCAGGAGGAUCGAUGAAUCCAGCUCGAUCACUAGGACCGGCGUUGGUGGCAUGGGAUUUUAAGGACAUAUGGGUUUACAUGACGGCUCCGGUGAUCGGAGCCAUCAUCGGAGUUUUAACGUACAGAACAAUCAGUCUCAAAAGCAGACCAUGCCCUUCUCCACAUUCCCCUUCCGUCUCUUCGCUUUUACGCUAAUCACCUCUAAUUACAAAUUAACCUUUUACAAAUAAACAUUUUUACUCUACGUUUUUUAGUGUAGCCCAUUGAGCCUAUAUCGGCCUCUAUUGAGGCUACUAAUAAAUUCUUAUGUUGCAUGGAUAUUCAUAUUUUACGCAUUAUUGAUUGUCUGAAAGUUCUGCUUAAAAACAAAAUACAUAUUAUUGUUAAUUGUUUUGUUUCCCACUAUAAAA